AAAAAUUAUAAAAUGUUUAUUUUUAUUUUAUAUAAAUUAGACAUUUAAAAGUGGUUCAUUUACAUUUACCAUGAUAUUUUUUCUUCUGCUUUUAACCAGUGGGGUGACAGCGAAGAAUGGAAGGGUGUAUCCUACGCCGGAUGUGGAUGUGACCCAGGGAUUGAUUGGAAGAACUAUCUACUUAGAAUACGAUGUUGCUGGAUUUAUAGGGUAUUGGGUGGGGCACAAUGAAACAUAUAAUGGAACUCUGUAUUCUAUCCGGGAAGAACAUCUGUUUGAUCCUCAAGAGAGAGUCAGGGUUCAGGUAGAAGAUUGUGGGAAUGGAUAUGCUUGUUUACGAUCUAGAUGGCGGGAAUAUGAAGAUACAUCAAGAUGGUACAUGAGUGAUCUUCAUGAUACUGUACACUUCAGAGAAGAGGAAAAUCAAGCACUUAAUGAUUACAUGAAGUGGAGAGUUUACUGCACAGAUGAAGAAAGACUAACUUUCUGUUAUAUUUGUGAUUACUACUUCAGUUGGCUUUACGAGUCUGACAACUGUAUAUACGGUCUUAGUGAUUAUUCAUUAACAACUACUUUCCCAAGUUUGUACGAGUUCCCAGAUUCCAUGUUUGUUUUCAAAAUCAAGGUUCCUAAAGCAGAGGAUAAAGGUUAUGUAGAAGCAGGACAAACUGUUUGUAACUCAGAGGGUUCAGAAAGUAGCCUGGACCUGGAGUACAGUGUAGGGGUGAGUAUCCAAGUUGCCUCUCCUUGGGAAUAUACUCAAUCUUCAAGGUCUGAGCUGAGAUCUGGGUUUGAGAUUGAUCUGCUUGGUACAGACUGGGAGGACGAGUUGGAGAAUCCUGAGCUCUUCAGCUCAAACCAGACCCUGAGCACUAUUGUUCCAACCCUGCCUGGACACAAGACUGUUGCGUAUCAGCUCCUAGGGUACUAUGGUCCCUAUAGAAUUAGGGGCAGCACACUCAGAUUGGUUCCCCUUCCCUGUUAGGAGCUCCUAAAAGAAGGGGCACCCUUUAAACAGGGACUCCCCCUCUCUGAGAACAUCCUUUAUGUGUGUGUUAAAUACGAAUAAAAUAUACUUUUAAAGAAUAAAAGAAACUUUUUUAUCGUCAA